UUUGGUAAAACCCGACCCAACCCGACCCAUUGCCAUCCUUAGUCUUAGUUCGGAAUCAAACCAUCAUCCGUCAUCGCCGGGAAUUCUGAAGCCAGAACCCGUAAGAGAAAGCAGCCGUCAAAGCAGCUCAAGCCCGAAACUUAACCAAAAUUUUCGAAACCCACUAAGGAGCAACAAUACCCAUACCCGAUUCACCUUCGACCUACCCCUCAAGAUUGCCGCGCCAUUCGCGACUCCGUCCUUUCUCACCAUGGCUUCUCGCCGGAGUCUGUCAAGUAUCGCCGGGGGAGACCAAGUAUGUGCCCAGAUGACGGCAAUUCCCAAAAACAGCUUGGAAUCAUCUGGAGCACCGCUGGACAGCGAGGAAGCGGAAGAGAGCGUUUUGGAUGGUCUACUGAGGUUAAUUCCUCGAGAGCAUUCUCCAAUCUGAAAUCUGCUUUCCCCCACUUGGGAAGGUGCUUGCUGCUGAACCAAAAAUCCGUGGAGGAUUCCAUAAGGUGUGGAGGUCUAGCUCUGAGGAAGACUUCCUGCAUCAGAAACUUGUUGAGCGGUUUGCAGGAGAGAAAAGGCAAAUUGUGUUUGGAAUAUUUGCGAAAUCUAUCAGUUGACGAAAUCAAAGCUGAGCGCUCUCUUUUCAAAGGAAUUGGCCCCAAAACUGUAACUUGUGUUCUAAUGUCCAAUCUUCAGCAUGAUGACUUCCCAGUGGACACACAUGUGAGCUCCAGUCCCGGAAACUUAAAAACGGUACCAGGCGAGGCAGACCGGAAUAAGACGUACAUUCAUCCUAAUCAAUGGAUCCCUGAUGAACUGAAGUUUGAUCUAAAUUGCCUUCUAUACGCACACAGUAAGCUUUGUCAAAGAUGCACCAACAAAGUGAGCAACGUCAAAAAGAAGGAUUCCCAUGAGGGAUCAUGUCCUCUUUUAGCUUAUUGCUGCAACUUUCCUGUAGCUACAACAGACAAGUGA